GCUGUGCAGAGUGGUUGGGCAUAUGAUCCUUAAACACUUUCCUGGCACUGCUUGUGACUUGGGACGUGUUGCCUUAUGGCAUCUGUGUCCUCUCUGUGAUGGGCAGGCCUGGCCCCCUGCAAGCACCCCCUGUCCCAGAUUCUCCCUGCUGCAUUGCCCAGCUUUGGCCCUGAGUGUUCCUGCCAGGCCCCUUUCCCUCUGGGAUGGAUUAAACCACCUGCUGGAGGUUGCCAAGCCCUCACCAUGCACUGAGAGAUUUGUGGGAUGUGGAUCCUUACCUGGUCCCCAAGGGGCAGCCAUGAGCUCCAGCCACCUUGAGCCAGAUUCUGGGGCAUCCCAGAGUCCUCGACUGCAGCCCCUGUCCCAGAGUUCUUCCAGCCUUCUGUGCGAAGGCAGUAGGCAGAGGCCAGAGCUCCGAAAGAGUGCCAGCAGCACUGAGUGGCAGACGCAAGAGGGUGAGGCCAGCGCUGGCCCCCAGGCCCUGGAGGAAGAGGAGCACCUCCCUGAGAGCCUAGCAGCACAGGCCCAAGGCCCCAAGCCUCAGCUGCGGGCCAUGGGCCACUGGCGGAGCAGCACUGUGGGCAAUGUGUCCAUGAUGGGCAGUGGGGAUCUUGGCCGCUUGCGAGUCCCUGGCAUAGCUGCAGUACAGAGGAGCCACUCAGACCUGGCCCGCAGUGUCCAGACACAGGGGAGUGGUGGUGCCCGGAAGGCCAGCCUCAGCUGCUCAGCUCUUGGUGGCAGCUCCCUUGUGCACAGGGCUCAGCUGAAGCCUGGAGAUGUUUCUGGCCAGGGUGGCCCAGCAACUGCAGCUGUGGAACAAGACAUGGCUCAAGAAGAUGAGACUUCUAACUCAGCAUGGAUGCUGGAGGAUAGUCAGACAUGGGAGCUCUCGCCAGAGCAGGGGGAAACAGCUGCUCUCAGCAGCAAUCCCCAGGCUGAGCCCAAAGCUGCUGGACAGACAGCCACUGCCUCCUGCCAUGCACUGCCCCCAGCUGCUCUACUCUGCAGCAUGAGGGAGGUGGUGACCAGUGGUUGCUGCCAUCCCGUGCCUGCAACAGGGAUCCUGGCCUUUCCCAAACUGGUGGCAUCGGUAAGUGAGUCCAGGCUGCAGGCUCAGCAUGGUGUGAGGUUUCACUGUACAGCACCAGGGCUGCUUCCAGGGCAUGCUCACUGCUGUGCCUGCCCGUGGGGCCCUGUAGUGCCAGCCACAGAAUCUGGCUGUAGGACCAAGGAUGUGUGGACCAUGACUUCUGCCAGUGACCUGGCUCCCACGUUGGCCUUGGCCCAGGAUGCUGGUGUGCAGGCGGCCCCAGUGGCAGCUUGCAAGGCAGUGGCCACCAGCCCGUCCCUGGCAGCCUCUGCCCUGCACAUGUUCCCUGAGGUAAUGCUGGGGCCCAGCCUGGAGGAAGCAUUGUCUCCUGUGCGGGAUGUGCGGUGGGACGCCGAGGGCAUGACGUGGGAGGUGUAUGGAGCCUCUGUGGAUCCCGAGGUGCUGGGCAUGGCCAUCCAGAAGCACCUGGAGAUGCAGUUUGAGCAGCUGCAGCGGGCACCAUCCAGCAAGGACAGUCUGUCUGCCGAGGGCCGCAGGGGCCCACUGCGCGCCGUCAUGCAGUCCCUGCGGCGCCCCAGCUGCUGUGGCUGCUCUGGUGCAGCCCCUGAGUGAGGAGCUGUGGCCCUGGAGCUGGCCAGGCUGUGGACUCAGCCGUAGGGACAGCAGGUGCCACCCAAACCCUUGGAGGUGGGCACAUCUCUGUCCUGAACAUGGACAGCUUGUAGACCAUGGGCUGCAGCCUGUGGCUUGUGGCUCCACAUAACUGCACUGGUUUUCAAGGGCUUGGUUCCCAAGGGCCACCUGCACAUUCCGGGCUCUGGACUUUGAGCAGGGUUUCUGCACUGUGAAUAAGUGAGAUCCUGGAUUUGCUGUAAAAAUACUUGACCUACUGUUCAGCCUACCCUCAGAACUUUGUCACAUUUCCCCUAGGACUCUUGGUGGUUUAAUUUUAAAGCAUUGCUGAAAGAAUGAAUUCUUACAUUGAAUGGAGGGCCCCAAGUGACAGGUACUACUAGCCACUUCUGUGCAGAAAGUUCUUCAGGGUGGGGUGGGGGAGGAGGGUGAGGCAGCUCUGAGGACAGGAGAGGCAGGUGGGAGGCUCAGGAGAGCAGGGAAGGGCUGCAAGCCAUAGGGUGUGGCUGGAGGCAGUGAAACCCUCUCUGUGCAGAGACUUUCCCUUCAUCACAUGUGACUCUCCAGAGAUGUGUGCCAAUCUGUGCCACAUCCUGCUGUUCUUGGACCAAGGUGGCAGCCCAGGCUGGGCCCAGUGUGGGACAGGCCAGACAAGCCACCCACCUACCUCAUGGUGACAGAGAUAAACCUCUGCAGGGUGGUGCUGGGGUCCCACCCAACCUGGAUCCUGGCUGAGGUUCCCAAAACACCUUCCCUGUUAAUCUCCGAAUUUGACUUGCUAAUUGAGCUGCCUGGCCUUGACAUCAGGGCUGCCUGGAGCGACUGUGGCCGGCAUUUCUGAUCCGGACUAAAGACUCACCCAGCCCCUUGCUGUCUGUCACCUCCUGAGCCAGACCUAAUGCUGCAGUGGACCUCUGCCCUUGGACUCUGGAUUUCGGGCCAGACUUCCUGUGUCUCUUUCAGGUCCUCUUCUGGGAGGCGUGGAAUCUCAUUGUCCAUAUUUUGUUUGUUUUUAAAUUCAAAAUAAAUACAAGUUGAGAGGUCAGCACUUUCUCAAGACCCUGCAGGAAAGGUGUGUGGGUCUUGAUGAUCUUGUUAAUUUUGUUCUAGUAAAUUCUGUUCCCUGGAGCAUAAACCCAAGUCUGAGAGCUCCUGUCUCAUAAGAAUCCUGUCUUCUCUGGAAUGUCCCCUUCUCUGCCCAACAGCCAGGGUCCCUGACAGCUAAAGCCUGGCUUCCUGGGGCUUAUCACCUCAUGGCCAGGACACAGACACUCAUCUCUUGUUUGGCCCCAGGAUGCUGUUGCCUCAUGAGGAACCAAGACCCAAAUGGGGAGGAGCUGUUCCUUGCUCCUGCUGGCCAGGUGUCAGUGUAGGAAUGAUGGAAAAGUGGGAAGUGGCUCCUUCUGCUGUGAUGUUACUUCCUGGUCCGCUGGUAUGGGUCUCUGUCCUCUGGUCAUGCUAACUUAUUCUGUAACAGAAAUGGAAGUGGUCUGAAUGCUUUAGGCUUGAGGUCACCACUUAGGGUCUAUAGCUGAACCUGGAUCCACACCAACAGCCUCAAGGGUCCUGAGCUUCCUCAGCUGUAAGGUGGGUACAAUGGCAGUGCCUCCUUCCUUGCCCGUCUUGAGAAUGGACUGGGAUGUUCCAUGUGAAGAACUCAGAAUGUGUGCUGGUGGCAGCAUGUGGUGUCCCUCAGCCAAAGAAAAGGCCAGCUUGGCUGUGAACUGGCCACCUGCUUAAACAUUCUUCCUCUUGGGCCAUUCCUGAUCCUUCUCCUCAGCCCUGUACCCUUCUCAGGACACCUGGUUUUGGGCCGGUGCCUGGGAAACCACAGUUCCCAGGGCAGCCUGUCAGAAGAACCUGUCCCUCACCACUCCUGUGGGGCUGGCUUCCCCAAGCUCAUGGUGACCCACAGGGGAGGAGUGGGGAGGGACAGCUGGGGAAGGCCAAUCUGGGCAAGAACUUGACACCAGGCCUAACCUGGCCCCACAGAACAAGGGCCACCUGAGAAAGGGGGACACACCAGGUGUUCUGGCUGUCUGAUGUGCAGGCUGGGAAGUGGCAGGGCUGUGUAGGUCUCUGCCUUAUCCCAGGAAAACGUUCUCAGGGAGGCUGGCAGAAGGAGUCCCAGGUAGCCAGGAUAUGUCCAUGUCCCAGGCAGUACAUCCCCAGGAGGCAUAUGGAACUUGUGGCCUCCACCCAGCCUUUUGCUUUACGUGUUACACAGAAGCAAAUCUGUGUCAUUCAUGUUUGUGCCAAGUGACCUUGGUUAGGGAAAUGUGGAGCUUGGCAUUCACCCACAUUGAAUUCCUUUUCCUUUGUCAUUCUGGCCUGGCCCAGUUUUGACAUCUGUAGCUAUGACUAACCCUUUGUCAGCUUUCAUCCAGCUUGAUGGGAGGGCAGGCCCUACACCAAGUUCAGAGUAUGUCACUGGGUCUCUGAAUCCACACGGUAAUCAUGGGCAAAGUUAUUAAAACCCAAAUCUUUAAUGUCACCUAAACCGCUGUCCCAGGACUGUUCUCCCUGCAAGGAAGGCAGGAAAUGGUCAGGUUGUCCUUAUUAAUCUCUGCCCUUGGACUCUGGAUUAGGUGAGUUAGGUGUGGCCUACCUCCAGUCUUCCUCCACACAAGUGGUCCAGCUGUUGAUUGAUAGCUGCUUCCUUUUCCAGAUAUGACCACUUCUGGCAAACAAGCUCAUCUAGAAGUUUGAGAUCAGCAGCAAGCAAACGUCUUCAGACUCUGCCUGUUCACCCUUCUGAGGCCUCAGGGCCACCUCACCCUUGAAUCCCUCCUGCCCAGUUUCUGCCUCCACUCUUCCAGCAACCCAGCAGACAGGCUUCCUCUGUGCCACCUGGGAGGUGGUCCUGGGGUGGAGAGUUGGGCUUCUCCCUAGAACUCCCUCAUGGAGAUUUUCAGGGACUAGGAGUCCAAAACACAGGGCCGGUUCUGUUGCUGUGGUUACAGAGGGAUAAUAAACCAGGAAACGUAAGCCAGUCCCAAGGGAUAUGGGUAACACAGGCUGGGGAAGAUCUGUAGGGCGAGGCUCUCCUGCCCCAAAGCUGGAUUCACACUGCCUUUGAAGAGGUAAAUCUGCAGGGCAGGUCAGGGCCCUAACCCUGAGCUCUGCAAGGGUUAGUUUAAAAUUUACCUGGAAGUGAACCCCUGGGGAAUACAGCAGUUGGCAUCCAUAGCUCAGACUGGAGAGUGUGUCCGAUUUGAAGGUGCCCAUGGAUGCCUGGCAAGGUCUGUCUGUUCUUGGAAUUCUCAUUUCUGAGCAUCUUUCCUGAAAAAGACACAGAGUGCCUUCUCUGCAUCCUGUGAACACUGCUGGGACCACUAGAGGUCUCGUGUGUGCAACCAGGCACAGUGAGAAGCUCGGUGUGUCUCUACCUCAUCCUUCUCCUCUUUAGUCUCCCUCCUUUCCUGUCUCAGGUCCUCUUAUCCCCCAGGACUCUGUCUCUCCACCAUCCUGUUUCCCUGCUCCUGUCUCUGCCCUUAUGCCAGGGGCCUGCCUUGCUUUAGCCCCACCACUCCAGACCUGCAUCUCUCUCUUGCCAUGGUUGGGGACAUUUUCCCUGCUAUGGCUGUCUCUCGGCAUUCCUGGUGUUCAGGGGCCUGCGUGCUUCCUCUCUACCUGUCUCUUUUCUUGUGGGACAACACUAAACUGCCCCAAUUUCUGGGUGGCCUCUGAGCAUCUCCUCAGAGAUGGCAGGACCUCUCUGAGGUCUCCUGCCAGGGCUCCAUGAUGUUGAGAGACAUUGCUUGUCAGUGGUUGUACUGCAAGGGCACCGUGAGCCCUAAGUCCUUUCUGGGGGGGCUGCUGGUGAGUUGGUGGAGGAGCUUGCCGGGUGGUGGUGUCCACUUGCUGGCCUGUGGCAGUGGGUCAUCUUUCUGCCUUGUGUUGAGAAUUUCAUGUGCCUUGUAACUGAGUUGGGGCAUGAUGUAAGCCUCCCUGGGGACAUGCCACACAGUCCCAUCUGUGAGUGUCUCUCCUGUUUGGAGCUGGAUUGGGACUAAUGGAGAAUUCUUACUUUGACAUCAAGUAGAUUUGGUUAUUUCCCAGGCCUGAGCAGGGCUCAGGAAGGAGCUAUGCUGGGACAGGUACCCUCCCCACCCAGGCUCUUCUACUUUCCUGUCUCCUCAGUCCCUCACCUCCAGCUUUCUGCCUCCCAUCUCUCUUUCUGUUCUCAUUUUUAGCAGUCAGGGGUCUGGAAGACUAUAUCCAAGGGUACCUUCAUCUAGGCAAGCUAGCUGCCUGGCCCUUGUAAACCCAGCUGGGGUCAGAGAGCAAGGAGAGGGCUCGCUGCUGAGGUCCCAGCUCCUGAUGUCCCUGGUCUCCGAUCUUUGAACUCUAUGGGGACCCACACUGCCCCCUG